ACCACUCUCGUUUUUUUCAGGUGUACAAAUCCACACGUGUAAUAAGGUGUAAGAUUACUAAGAAUAACUGUGCGGGAUAAAGUGCCCUUUAUUGUCGUUCAUUUGUACUCAAUUGGAACAAGGACUUUUCAAUCAUGGUGCGAAAACGCAAAGUCUUUACCGAGAGCAAGGAGGAACGAAUGGUUAUGACAAUCGGUGAAAUAAUUCAAGAACUCUUGAUCGCUCACGAACAACACAGGGACGUCGAUCUCAACAAAUUGAAAACUCGAAUCUCCUCCAAGUAUGGACUCUCAUCCUCCCCUAGACUCGUUGACAUUAUUGCCUCAGUUCCGGCCGAUGCCAAAAAUAUUCUUGUUCCAAAACUCAAAGCUAAACCUAUCAGGACCGCCAGUGGUAUUGCCGUUGUUGCCGUAAUGUGCAAACCACAUAGAUGUCCCCAUAUAAACAUGACAGGAAAUAUCUGUGUGUAUUGUCCCGGAGGUCCGGACUCGGAUUUCGAAUAUUCCACACAAUCGUACACAGGGUACGAGCCAACAUCAAUGAGAGCGAUCCGGGCUCGAUACGAUCCUUUUUUGCAAACAAGGCACAGAGUUGAACAGUUGAAACAAUUGGGCCACAGCGUUGACAAAGUCGAAUUCAUUGUCAUGGGAGGCACGUUUAUGUCCCUGCCGGAAGACUACAGAGAUUUUUUCAUCAGAAACUUGCACGAUGCGCUCUCCGGGCAUGUUAGCAAUACCGUUGACGAGGCUGUGAAAUUUUCAGAACGCAGCAGGACUAAAUGUAUUGGAAUCACGAUUGAAACGCGUCCAGAUUAUUGUCUGAAGAAACAUUUAUCGGAUAUGCUUCGUUACGGAUGCACAAGGCUCGAGAUUGGUGUUCAAUCGGUUUACGAAGACGUAGCUCGUGACACGAAUCGAGGGCACACGGUUCAUGCGGUAUGCGAGAGUUUUCAAUUAUCUAAAGACGCUGGGUUCAAGGUGAUCGCACACAUGAUGCCGGAUCUUCCGAACGUUGAUAUCGAACGAGACAUCGAGCAAUUUGUCGAAUUUUUCGAAAAUCCAGCUUUCAGAGCUGACGGUCUCAAGAUUUAUCCAACCCUCGUUAUCCGCGGUACAGGAUUGUACGAGCUUUGGAAAACCGGCAGAUACAAAAGUUAUCCACCGAGCACUUUGGUCGAUUUAAUUGCAAGGAUCCUCGCCCUUAUCCCACCCUGGACUCGAGUUUAUCGCGUUCAAAGAGAUAUUCCAAUGCCAUUGGUCAGCUCUGGCGUUGAGCACGGUAAUCUCCGAGAAUUGGCUCUCGCACGUAUGAAAGAUUUCGGAACGGAUUGUCGUGACGUCAGGACCCGUGAAGUCGGAAUCCAGGAGAUUCAUAACAAAAUCCAACCGUACGAGGUCGAGUUGAUCCGGCGUGAUUAUACGGCCAACAACGGUUGGGAAACGUUCCUUUCUUACGAGGAUCCUACUCAGGACAUUCUCGUUGGACUUCUCAGACUGCGGAAAUGUUCCGAUGAAACAUUUAGGUCCGAAUUGAAAGGGAAAUGUUCGAUAGUCCGGGAGCUUCACGUUUACGGUAGCGUGGUACCAGUGAACGCGCGUGAUCCAACGAAAUUCCAGCACCAAGGAUUUGGUAUGUUAUUAAUGGAAGAAGCGGAGCGUAUUGCGCGAGAGGAACAUGGUUCCGAAAAAAUAGCAGUGAUUUCGGGUGUUGGGACGCGAAAUUAUUAUAGAAAAAUGGGCUACGAAUUGGACGGUCCAUACAUGUCGAAAAUGCUCGAACAAGAGCGUUUGGAAACGGACGAUGAACGAUGUUGUCUAUAAAUUAUUUUAUUUACACUUCCGAUACACCCAUCUUAUUAUACAAAAAAUCAUAUGAUUGGUUUACCACCUCCAAACGCCAGAUACACGGCCCAGCCGAAUGUAUCGAUAGCGGCGAUAUAAAGAAAGACCACAGGCCAGCUGUGGGUCAUGUGCAAAAUGUAUCCAGCAAAGUAGACUCCAACGAAACCUAGAAGAGAAGAACUUUCGUGUUUUCAACAUCAUUUUAAAUAAAACAAAGUCCUUGUUACAA